AUGCGAGCUCUUGUAGCUGUGGCACAGAAAUAUCCGAAGAUUGAAACUUUCUUCACUACAGUACAUAGAUUGGUGAAUAUUGUUGGAGGAUCAGCUAAACGGAGUGAUUUUAUUCGAGAGAACCAAAGAUUGAAAAUUCUUGAAUCACUCAGUGUUGGUGAAAUAUCAAGCGGACGGGGUCUCAAUCAAGAAAUUACUCUUCAGCGUCUCGGUGAUACACGUUGGGGCUCUCACUAUAGUUGUUUAAUUAACUUGAUUGCCAUGUUUUCAACCAUAGUCGACGUCAUUGAGAUGAUUGCUACUGAUAAUACAAGUACCGGAACAAGAGGGAUUUCAAACGCAUUGUCAAGAACAUUACAAAGAAAAGAUCAAGAUAUUGUCAAUGCUAUAAAAUUGGUGCAAAUAUGUAAAACACAGCUUCAAACCAUGAGAGAUGAUGGAUGUGAUUCUUUUUUGGGAGUGAUUUGUUCGUUUUGUGAAACUCAUAAGAUCAAUGUUCUCGAUAUGGAUGAUAUGUUUGUAACUGUAGGUCAUUCACGACGUGAGACAGUGACAAAUUUGCAUCAUUUUCGUGUGGAAAUAUUUUAUGCCGUCAUUGAUAUACAACUUCAAGAGUUGAAUGAUCAUUUUGAUGCAGCAGAUAUCCUAGAACUUGAUGAUCAACUAGAUACGUAUAUUCUUGAUAUGCGCACUUUUGAAGACUUUGAAGAAUUACAAGGCAUUAGGGAUCUUGCACAGAAGUUGGUUGUGAAGAAUAAACAUGAAGU